UAUCCGCCUCCCUCUCCGCCUCCCUCCCUCUCUGCCAGCCACGGUCUCGCCUGGUCCGCUUGCAGGAUUCGCCUCUCCGAGCCUUCCGGAUAUUUCACUACAGAGAUGGCUGCGAAUGUGUGUAGAUCAGUCCUUCUCUUGUCCCGUAGCAGCGGACAUGUGGCCAGCGGGCUCCCCGCACUUGUUAUCUCGUCACAGCGGCACCAGCAGCACAUGAGACCGGACCAGCCUGUCAGGAGAACACAUGUCCUGCGAUCAUCCUCCCGCUCUGCACUGUUCACCCAGCCUCCUACCAGCCUCUCAACCACCCUCUCAACCCAGGGUUGGAGUGGUGACCCCUCGUGGCAUGGCCAGAGGCUGCUGUGUACCUCAGCCACUCCAGAGGAGGUGACGGUGGUAUACCAGAAUGGACUGCCGGUGAUCUCAGUCAGUUUGCCGUCCCGGCGAGAGCGAUGCCAGUUCACUCUGAAGCCACUCAGUGACUGUGUUGGGGUGUUCCUCACACAGCUGCAGACAGAGGACAGGGGCAUCGACCGAGUAGCCAUCUACUCUACAGAUGGGGCGAGGGUAGCCUCUUCUACAGGGAUAGACAUCCUGCUGUUGGAUGACUUCAACCUGGUCAUCAACAACGUCAGGCACCUGGUUCGGCCGCCACGGAGAGAUCUGCUGGCCCAUGAGGAGGCAGAGCAUCUGAACGACGUUAAGUUCCUGGUUCAGCAGCUCUACACCACCCUGCGUAUAGAAGAGCAUCAGCUUAGUAAAGAGAAGGAACUGGUGGUGAGACUGGAGGACCUCAACUCACAGCUACGUCCUCUGGAGAAGGUGAGGGAGGAGCUGAGUCGUAAGGCCGAGCGUCGCACCACCUGGGUGCUGUGGGGGGGCGUGGCCUACAUGGCAACACAGUUUGGGAUCCUAGCACGUCUCACCUGGUGGGAGUACUCCUGGGACAUCAUGGAGCCUGUCACCUACUUCAUUACCUACGCUACCGCCAUGGCUAUGUACUCCUACUACGUACUCACACGCCAGGUCCCUCCCCCUCUGCCUGACGGACAGCUACCCACCGAUCCCGUUGCUAUGACGACACGGAGCUUUAUCAAGAGCCCGUCAGCCUAUCACAGCCUUUACAGGAAGUGGACAGACGAGAGUUGA